CCAUAGAUCUGUGAGCCUCGGCAGACCUGUGAUAGUGCCAAAAACAAUGGAGGUGUAUGUGUAUUGCGUGCUUGCGCUCCUAGUUGGGGCGCUACCGGCCAUGCAGCAAUACGCUGCUCCCAACGACACCUACUCAACGACGUGUCAGACGGCGUUCUUCCUGUGCGGCGCGUCCCAGAGGUGCAUCCCCAGGCAGUGGGUGUGCGACUACGAGCAGGACUGUCCGGACGGCGAGGACGAGCAGCAGUCGUGCCCACCACCCGCCUGCAAGGGGGGCGAGUUCGCGUGCGGCGAAUACAAGUGGAACCACACGUACUGCGUGCCGCAACACCACCGCUGCGACAAGGUGCAGGACUGCGCUGACAACGCGGACGAGAAGGGCUGCAACUACCGCGAGUGCAACGCCGAGGAUUUCAAGUGCGGCUCCGGCCUCUGUGUGCCGCCGUUCAAGAAGUGUAACGGAUACCUGGACUGUCGGGACCAUUCGGACGAGGACCAAUGCGAUGGCACCGCUUGCAGCCUGGACAAGCUGAGGUGCAAGGACGGCAAAGGUUGCAUAGAGAAGGACCAGAAGUGUGACCACCGCAAGGACUGCGAAGAUGGCAGUGACGAGGAAGUCUGCUACCUCCCGGCCUGCCGCAAGGGCCAGUUCCGCUGCGACAACGGCAUGUGCAUUCCGCACCAAUGGAAGUGUGACUCGUCGACCGACUGCUUGGACGGAUCCGACGAGAGUGACUGUCAGGCUGUCGACUGCCCGGAGGGCCAGUUCCUGUGUGAGGCCGACAGGAAAUGCAUCAACGGCACCAAACUGUGCGACGCCACGGCCGACUGCACCGACCGAGCCGACGAGGAGAUCGACACGUGCUCCACCGACCUGUGCGAGUCGCUGCAGUGCGAGUACAACUGUCGGCCCUCCAUGGACGGCGGGAUGUGUCUGUGCCCCGAAGGCAAGGCGCUGGCAGGGGAUGGCCGACUCUGCGAUGACAUUAACGAGUGCAAGGGCUGGGGCGUCUGUGACCAGUUCUGCACCAACACCGAGGGCAGCUUCAGGUGUCUCUGCGAGGUUGGCUAUCAACUGAACGGCACCACGUGCCGCGCCGAGAACUCGGAGGCGCUGCGGCUCUACUACGCCCACGAGAAGAAGAUCGUGCGACUGGACCCGCGCCACCCGGCCGACGCGGAGGUGGUGGUCAACACCACGGCCGCCAGCGGCAUCGACUACCACUACCAGCGCGACAUGCUCUUCUGGUCCGACGUCGACACGCAGAAGGUGUACCGGAGCCGGCUGAACAACGACCCAGGCGCGGCCGUGCUCAAAAUCAGCACCAGCACCGCCUGGGCGCCCGUCUCCGUCGCCGUCGACUGGAUCGGUGACAACAUCUACGUAGCCGACAUGAUCGGUCAGAAGGUGGACGUGUUCGAUAUCGACGGCCGCUACCACGCCAUCGUCAUCAGCUACGGCCUGACCAGUCCGCGCGACGUGGCGCUCGACCCUUUGCUCGGGUACAUGUUCAUCGCGGACCAAGACCGGAUCGUACGGGCAAACAUGGACGGCUCGGAACUGCGAGCCCUGGUCUCGGACGCCAUCUACAGGGCGUCUGGCGUCACGGUCGACAUCAUCAACAAGCGCGUCUACUUGUGCUCCUCCCUGCUCGGCUUUAUAGAGACGGUCGACUACGACGGAGAGAACAGGUUCCCCGUUCUGCGCGGCUCGACAAACGCACCGGCGCCUAGCCGGCUGACCACGUUCGAGCGUAGCAUCUAUUGGACGGAUGCCAUGCGGCAGAGCGUCAUCGAGGUGGACAAGUUCAACGGCAUCAGCUCCAUCCGCAACGUGCACACGGACAAAGGCGUCACCGGUGACCUCAAGGCCAUCAAGGCCGUGCACCAGCUGCUGCAGCCGCAGUUGCCGACUCCUUGCGGCGAGAGCAACGGCAUGUGCGAGCACCUGUGCCUGCUGACCCGCAACACGGAGGGCACCGGUCUCGGUCACCGCUGCGCCUGCCAGGUCGGCUACUACCUAAGGGCGGACAAGAUGGGGUGCGCUCCCGUCCAAGAGUUCCUCAUGUACUCCCAGCAGAGGUUCAUCAAAGGACAGGUGCUGGACCCAGCGGCGGUCAACGAGACCGACGCCAUGAUGCCGAUCGUGUCGCGCAAGGCCCGCUUCGUCGGCCUUGAUUUCGACUACCUCGACGGGAAGAUCUACUACUCUGACGCGGACCUCGACGUCAUCUAUCGCGUCAACCUAAACGGCACCGGCCACGAGAACAUACUCGCCUCGCAGGACAAGGGCGUCGAAGGCUUGGCGCUCGACUGGAUCUCCGGCAACCUCUACUACACCGACACAGCCACGCUCAACGUCAUCAGCACGGGCGCCGCACGCAUCCGGCGCACUCUGCUGACGAAACUGGCACGGCCGCGUGCCAUCGUGGUCCACCCCAACAAGGGGUACAUCUUCUUGUCGGAGUGGGGCCGGCCGGCGAACAUCAGCCGCGCGUACGCCGACGGAACUCACGUAGAGGUGUUCCGCGGCCUGGUGCUCGGCUGGCCCAACGGCCUCAGCAUCGACUACGACAGCGACCGGCUGUACUGGUGUGACGCUCUGCUGGACCACGUGCGGCACACCAAGCUGGACGGCACAGACAUCAAGACCAUCACUAGCCCGAGCAUCGGGCACCCGUUCUCACUCGUCAUUUUCAAAGAGCACAUCUACAUGACGGACUGGCGACUGGACGCCAUCGUGCGGCUCAACAAGCUGAGCGGCGCCAAUGAGACCAUCGUGGCGCGCGUCCAGGAGUUCAACCGCCUGUACGGCGUCAAGGUGUACGCACGCGACGUCCAGAAGAUUGACCCGGACCACCCGUGCCGCGAGAACAACGGCGGCUGUGAGGGCUUCUGCUUCCCGAUCCCGUCGAACGAGACGACGAACGGCCUGGUGGCGCGCUGCGAGACUGCCCAUGCGGCAUGAAGCUGCGCCCCGACCU